GAACCAGAACCUCCACAGGUCAAAGUAGAAAAGGAGGAACCAGAACCUCCACAGAUCAAAGUAGAAAAGGAGGAACCAGAACCUCCACAGAUCAAAGUAGAGGAUGAGGAGCUCUGCAUCAAUCAGGAGGAAGAUCAGCUCCACCUGAAGCAGGAGACUGAUCCGGUUCUGUUGACUGUUUCAUAUGAAGAAAGUGAACCAGAACCAGACAAGGAGCAGCUCAUCUCUCAGAGUUCUGYUGGACCUGAGGACCAGGAUCAGGAUUCAGGGUCAGAUGAGAAGAUGGAUCACACAGAGGGUCAUCAUGGUAACCAAGCAGACCAAUCAGCAACACCUGAGAAGUUGUUUUCUUGUCUAAUCUGUGGAGAAACUUUUUCAGAGAAAUCCCUACUUUCCCGUCAUGUGAAGGUCCACAAAGUCUGGAACCAGAACUCUGAGAAACUGAUGUAUUGUUGUCCCACCUGUGGGAAAAACAUCUCUGAUUAUAGUUACUUAAUCAGUCAUAUGAGGAGCCACACAGGUGGAGAAAAGUUUCACCAAAUGAUCUAGAAGAGGUUUUACAGCCAGGAGAAGAAUGAAACGUUCAGAAUGUGGAGAAAAGUUCAAAAAAUCUUAAAAAGUGCUUAUAAUCCUUCAGAUACAUCCAGUACAGACCAGAAGUUUGGACACACCUUCUCAUUCAAAGAGUUUUCUUUAUUUUCAUGACUCUGAAAAUUGUUGAUUCACACUGAAG